CGUGCGGUUGGGCACCGUCGCCGGCGUCAGUCGCUGGCUGGCGGUGAGUGAGGACGGACGUGCACGGCACAAACUAGCAGCCAUGGUGUUACGGGACUCUGAAUUUUACGAGCAUGAGAAUGAGUCUUUCUUAACGUUCCUGUACAACAAACAUGAUGGCACUGUUAUGGGACGAACGGGCAUAUCAUGGCUGAAGAUCGGCGUUUUCUACCUGUUCUUCUACGCGUUCCUGGCGAGUUUCUUCGCCGUGAUGCUGACCAUCUUCUACCAGACUCUCGACCUCAACAACAGCCCAACCUACACCCCGGGCGACGGCAGCAGCCUUCUUUCACAUCCUGCCCUGGGCUUCCGCCCUCUGCAGCGCGCCGACAACAUCGAGUCCACGCUCAUCUGGUACAAGAACGGCGACGAGGCGGACGUUGAGCACUGGGUCACCUCCCUCAACGACUUCAUGGCGCCGUACGAGAACGCGACGAACAGCGUCGACUGCAGCGACGGCAAGCCUGCCAAGGAGGGCAAAUUCUGCAGCUUCAGAACCAGCCUACUGGGAGGGACCUGCAACAAGGCCAACAAAUGGGGUUACAUGAGUGGCUCUCCUUGUGUCCUUCUUAAACUCAACAAAAUGUUAGGCUGGAAGCCUGAUGUUUACAAGUCUCUGGAGGAGCUUCCUGACGACAUGCCUUCUGACCUCAAGGCUUACAUCACCGGUGAAAAAGCCAAAAAUGGAGGACGAAUGCCCAAGCUGAUUUGGGUCUCGUGUACUGGAGAGAACCCCGCGGAUGAGGAAUAUCUGGGGGAAAUCAAAUACCACCCGUGGCGCGGAUUCCCCACAUAUUUCUUCCCCUACCGCAACUCCCUUGACUAUCGUUCCCCUGUCGUGGCAUUGGAGUUCAUGGGCUUGGCUCCCAACAUCCUCAUCAACAUCGAGUGCAAAGUCUGGGCCAAAAACAUUGAGCACGACCGCAGCAACAGGGUCGGUUUAGUCCACUUUGAGAUCCUCAAAGACUAGCAUGACCGCAGCAACAGGGUCGGUCUAGUCUACUUUGAGAUCCUCAAAGACUAGCAUGACCGCAGCAACAGGGUCGGUCUAGUCUACUUUGAGAUCCUCAAAGACUAGCAUGACCGCAGCCUCAGGGUCGGUCUAGUCUACUUUGAGAUCCUCGAAGACUAUCAAGACCGUAGCAACAGGGUCGGUCUAGAAUCUAGAUAGCCUACUUUGAGAUCCUCGAAGACUAGCAUGACCGCAGCAACUGGGUCGGUCUAGUCUACUUUGAUAUCUUCAAAGACUAAAAUGCCUUCAUUGCAUUACUUGCUACAUCAUUCUGCCUGUAUUAAUUUUACUAAAAUGUUAAGUAAGAACCGAUUCAUCAAGUUUAUUCAUGAGUAACUUACGCUAACGAGAGACCAACAUUUUUGCCCCUGUGCUCCAAAGCACUCGUCAUAAAAGCUAGAUUGCUAAUGUAAAUCAAGCCAUUAAAUUGAAAAUUUUCAACAAAGAAUAUUUCGUAGGCAUAAAAUAGGUAGAUGUUUUAUAUCAACAUAAUUCAUUAUUCUGAUCGUUAAUGAUCUUACCCUGACAUUUGGUGUCGGAUACACGAAGGAUUGAAGUGGAAAUAUAAGCUUUGUAAAUAGUUUUCCUUACUGCAGGUUGGUUGAAAGCAGUAUCUUCUCGACACGUACAAUAAUGACCUAUAUUAAUAAGAAAUUGACUUGUUUUGUGCUUAGUUUAUUUGAGUAAGCGCAAUUCUUGACGUCUCCUGUGUUAUCAGAGACCAUUUAAGACGCUUGUCAGUAUCGAAAUUAGAGCUAUUAUGAGGAAUCAAUAACACACAAUCAGCCAUAUAGUUAAUUAAUCAAAUAAAGGUUAUGUGUCUCGUAG